AUGGCAGCACAGGGGGAGUCGACGGUGCGGUCGCAUCGGUCGACCUCCCAGGCAGGUUCUCCUAGGCUGAAACCAGAUUUGAGGCUGCUGGAACCGCCGUUGUCGAGACGGAGAUCAGCCCAGUCGGUUUCUGCGGCGAGCCAGUCGGACGAGCAGAGGUCGAUAUAUCAGCGUAUCGGCUCGAGACAUGGCCAAUCCGCGAAGAGCUACUCGCCUCGGAGUCAGGGAUCGAUACCGCGGACUCUAGGCUCGGGACAGUUGACUGCCCGGUCAGUUCCUGCUUGGGUUAAACACGCUGAAGAAGAAGAAGAAGAAGAGGACGAGACGGAGGAUCCGGGAGUACAGCAGCCACAUUCAUCAUCACAGCCACAGCCACAGUCGCUGCCGUCGCCGCCGGGAGACGCUCAUGUUGCUAAUCACCACUACUCGACCAAGGAAGGAGAAGGGGACAAAGAAGGCAGAGGAGACAGGGAGAGGCACCGUGCCUACACGCAGUAUACACAGGAAUCCAGGUGGAGGACAUUCGCCCGGUCAGUGCCACAGUCUGGAGAACCGGUACAUCAGGGCAAAGUCGUCGAUGCGGACUGGCUCAAUCAGAAUUUUGGUGACUACUCGGGGCCGUGGCAGGGGUAUCUCGAUGAGAAGGAUGCGGAGAGCGGACGGCAGUCUGGAACCUUCAUCCAGCGGCGGAAGAGAUGGGUGAAGGGAUUCCAGCACAGGAUCCUCCACAGCCCGAUGGUGCCUCUCAUCAUCCGUCUCACGGUCUUCAUCUUCUCGGCCAUCGCCCUCUCGCUCGGUGGGACGAUCAGGCAGCUCUCGACGACGUAUAAUCGACCGCAGGGUCCGUCACCUCUCAUGGCCAUCAUCUUUGACGCCAUUGCCCUUGUCUAUCUGAUCUACAUCACGUACGAUGAAUACACGGGGAAACCACUCGGUCUACGGUCCGCCACAGCAAAGAUACGACUGAUAUUCCUGGACCUGGUGUUUAUCGUCUUUGCGUCAGCUAAUCUAAGCCUAGCGUUUGCUUCCUUGUCUGAUGUCAACGGCUCAUGCUCUAGAGCGGACAUGGACGGGGCCAUCGAUCCCAGGAACGAUCAGAUUUGUGAUAGGCAGAAGGUAUUAGCUGCCGUAUUGUUCGUUGUGCUGGUUGCCUGGUUGAUGACCUUUAUGAUAAGCGCUCUACGAGUCAUCGAGCGGGUGGCGGCAAAGUAA